GACCCCAGGCUGCCGUCCCGGGCGGAGUGGCCUCGGGGAGGGAGGGCCGGGCCUCCGCGUCCCUCCCCCAGCCGGUUUGCUCUUUGCAUAAAGCGCUCCCCGGCCAAGGUGGAGGAAGUCUGGCUCCCGCCUGCAGGGGAGGCGGGAGGCAGCGCGCUCCGCUCCUGUUGUUUUCCGCCGGCGGGCUCAGGGGGCGGGGUGCGCCCUCCCUGCCGGGCCGGGCGCCCCGCGCCGCUCCCCGCGCCGGACUUCGGGCUCCUUCCCGUCGCCCCAGGCACCCUCGCCGGGGACCGCACCGCCGCCGCGAGAACCUGGGAGGAGCCGUCGGAACCCCAGGGGCCGGGGCCCCGGGGCGCACACCCAGCCCGGCCGGAGCCUGCGCCUCCUGAGCCGGGAUCUGGAGCGAGAUGGCCGCUGGCGGCCGGGCGCCCGAGCCCCGCGUCCUGAUCUGUCUCGGGGCGCUCCUGGCCCGCUGGGUCGCCGCAGGAUCUGGGGCCGUGGUCAUUGGAGAACUUCACGAGGACAUCACUCUGCCCUGCGGCAACAUCUCAAGGCCCAGGGGCCCAGUGACCUGGUACCGGAUCGAUUCGGAGCCCAUCUUCCUCGUCUCUUCCAACGCCAGCCUCCCACCGCGUGAACCUCGCUUUUCUCUACUGAACACCAGCGCCCUGCACAUCGGGAUGCUGAGCCUGCAGGAUGAGGGGAACUACACCUGCCAGGAGACCCUGAACGAGACUCAGUGGUUCCGAGUGUGGCUGCAGGUGGCCGGUGGCCCCUAUGAGGUUGUGGUCAACAUCUCUGCCACAGGCACCCUCCCCAAUGGCACCCUCUACGCAGCCAGGGGCUCCCACGUGGACUUCACCUGCAGCAGCAGCGCCCGGCCCCCACCCGUGGUCGAGUGGUGGUUCCAGGGCCUGAAUUCCCGCGAAGAGUACUUUGGGGACAACCUGACGGUCAGCAACUUCACACUCUUCCUCAUGUCGCCAAACCUCCAAGGCAACUACACCUGUCUGGCCAAGAACACACGCAGCGGGAGGCAGCGAAAGGUGACCACCGAGCUCCUGGUCUAUUCUGCCCCUCCGUCGGCCCCUCACUGCUGGGCAGAGACAUCAUCGGGAUCGUCCGCGCUGCAGCUCACCUGUCGCUGGGACGGGGGCUACCCUGACCCUGACUACCUGUGGACAGAGGAGCCUGAAGGGCUGAUCCUGGGGAAGUCGAAGCUAGGGGUGGAAGUGCUGAACCAGUCCGAGCUGUCGGAUGGCAAGAAGUUCAAGUGCGUUGGGAGCCACAUAGUGGGGCCGCAGUCUGGAGCCAGCUGCGUGAUACAGAUCAGUAGCCCCUCCCUUCUUUCUGACCCUAUGAGGACUUGCUUUUUGGGGGGCAACGUGACACUCACCUGCCAGGUGUCUGGAGCCUACCCGCCUGCCGAGAUCCUGUGGCUGAGGAACCUCACCCAGCCCAAGGUGCCCAUCCAGUCCAACAGCCGCUAUCUCAUCACCCAGGAUGGCCAGAGCUCCACCCUCACCAUCCUCAACUGCUCCCAGGACCUGGAUGAGGGCUACUACGUCUGCCGGGCUGAGAACGCCAUGGGGGUGCGGGAGGUGGACAUCUGGCUCAGCGUGAAAGAGCCUUUAAACAUUGGGGGCAUUGUGGGAACCAUCGUCAGCCUCCUCCUGCUGGGACUGGCCGUUAUCUCGGGGCUCACGUUGUAUUAUAGCCCGAUGUUCUGCUGGAAAGUAGGAAACACUUUCAGGGGACAAGACAUAGGUGAUGUCAUGGUUUUAGUGGAUUCAGAAGAGGAAGAGGAAGGGGAGGAGGAAGAAGAUGCUGUGGAAGAGGAGGAGGAGGAGGAAGAGGAAGAAAAUGUGAGAGCAGAGUUGCCCAAGGAAGUGCACCAGCAUGGCCACAUCCAUAGAGUGACGGCGCUGGUGAAUGGGAACUUGGAACAGAUGGGGAAUGGACUCCAGGAUCUGCAAGAUGAUAGCAGCGAGCCACAAAGUGACCUUGUUCAAGAAGAAGAAAGACCAGUUUGAAGAAGAGGAUCGUCCGGCGUUCUCUGUCCUGAAAGCAGUACUGAAGAUGAGUUCUUCCUUCAGCUUGGACUUGACUUGGACCCCUGCCUGGGGGCUUGCACUAGCAAGUUUGGGUCUCUGCAAAAUGGAAGCGUGCACGCACGCACAUGAGCACACACACACACACACACACUUUUCCUUCCAUUUUUAAACAAAAAUUAUUGUGAUAGGCUGUAAGAUUUUUGGAUGUUAAGAAAGCACUGGGAAGGAGCCAUGUGUGUGGGAGAGAUGCCACUUUUGCUGUGACUCCUGGCUCUACCAGGUUGACCUACUGUGACAAACACUGAUUAGGCUGGGGAGGCACUUGGGUGUUGGUGCCCUUUGCCACUAUUAAAGGUUGGUAACCAGCUUGCCCAAGCACACAAGGACCUAUCGUGGCGUGAUAAGGAAACUUCCUCUACAACUACCCAGGUGAGCUGAUGACACAGGAACCAGGCAAAUGCUAGGUCCCGGGAAGAGCUGAGGUUUUAGCGACUAAUACAAGUCCGAGGAAGGCAGUGUGGGUCAGGCUUUGGAGUCAGAAACACUCAGGCUGAAUCUGGGCCCUGCUCCUUUUCGUAUUUUUGAUGGGCUUGUUUCACGUACCUCUCUCUGGGCCUGUUUCUUCAUGUGAACUCACACCUACCUUUGAGGCUGGUGGUGAGGACAGAUGAGGCCACUCUGGAUGCUAAAGGCCUGGGAGGUUCUCAGUAGGUGUUAGGGGUCUUCUUUGUCUUCCCUUGGGGAAGAAAGAGCCAUGCACUCUAAGUUGCUGCUGGUGCCUUUUGUUCUUGUAGAAUGGUCUCAGACAGGGCAUUAUCAGAGCGCUCCUGAUGGCCUUUGUUUCCCUGGAGAGACAAUCCUUUAAAAAAGAAGUAGGGUCUGAUGAGAGGAAGUGCCUUUCCUUAUAACCUCUCAGCGUCAUAUUUACACAGAAGCCUCCUAGGAGAUACCCCUGGGAUUAGCCUGCAGCCUGUCCCAUUCUUCACCUUCCCUGUUGCCUUGACUGGAGGCAGCAUGCAUGGUUUGUAAAUGAGUAUCCUUAGACAAAUCAGUCCACCUGGACUCAGUUUCUCUAUCUCAGAAAUGGGAACAGGGAAACUUGUUUCCUCCCUACUUCCUAAAGAUGAGGACACACGGAUCAAUACACCAAGUUUCCGGAUGAGUUUAGGCUGCUGAUGCUUCUAGCAGAUCCUUGUGCGGUUUUUGGUUCUUUUCUUCUCAUUUCAUCCAAAUCUAUGUCAAGUCAGGGACCUCAACAGGGUGCAAUAGACGUGUGCUAAACAUGAAAAUUAGACUUGAAUUUGCACUCUUUCCUGUUAUAUAUCCUGCUGCAGUGGGCAAGACCUAGAGCUUGAAGAGCUUCCCUUCUCCGGAAUCCUAAGGUGAGAAGCUGGUUAAAGGAACCCUGCAGGUGCGAUCUGGGACAGAUCUGUUUUUGUGAACAAAGGCACUGAACUAGGGCAAGUCACUGAGAGUGUGCCCUGUCCCCAGCUCGGGAGCGGGCUCAGUUUCCACGCCUCAAGCAUAGCUGUGAAGCCUGGCUAGGUCUCUCCCUGCUUUGUAGCUCCUUGUCUUGGUGGCUCUGCACUGCGGGAGUCAGUGUCAGGUUUCAGAGGGGGAUAUUCAGGUUGCUUCAAAAGUCACUGAAGACCAAGCUGAUUCCUCCUGUGGAGACUUGGAUGCUUGACUUCUUGGAGCACCCGCUCUUCAGAGGGGAGAGAUUUAAAAGAAGAGGAAUGGGGGUGGGGGGGGAAGGGCGGGAAUCCCUUGCUAGGAAUGCAGAUCCCUGGGAUGCCUUUUCCAACCUCCUCUUCUCUCUGCACACAUCUGAUGCUAGGAAAUAUUUGAAGGUUUUUCCACUGGCAAAUGGGAGCUUCAAGGACCUACUGCUAAACACUACAUAAACCCUUGACCAAUUGAUCUGGAUUACUACCACUUACAUCCAAGCCCUGUGUGCACAGAUAUAUGCUAGUCAGCUAAGAAUCCAGAUACUAAAGGUCUGUACAUUUUAAGGAGGUGUAAAGAAUUAGGGCUUUUUUUUUUUCCCUCCCGUCAAGAUGAACCAUGCCCUAAUCCACAAGCAUGUUGAUCGUGGGUUACAGACUUUGUAUGGCAAAGUCCAAGUUGUUAAAUUGUACUUUAAAAAUAUCUUAUCUGCAUGUAUUGUUAACUCAGAUACCAGGAGAUCUUAUCAGAACCAGAGAGAGAAACACUUCAGGGUUAUUGCAAUGACAGUUCUUUCCCUCAAAACCUAGUGGACACUGGCAAGGGGCUCUGUCAUCCUGUGGCUUUGAUAUUAGCUCCAGGUCUCACAAGCACAUUCAAGUCCCGUAACCGCAGGAGGAAAAUGCAUGAUGGAAAAUUUCCGUAACCUAUGCACUGAGAUCCGGAAUAGCAUCCUUGCUGGGUAAAACUUAUUCUGAUGCAAUAAGUGCCAACCAAUAUUCCCACCACGGGACUGGCCAGAAACUACUGCAAAGAAAAAUAAGCAGAUCCCUCUGCGUUAUUUACAUUUUAGUAUUUGGUGGGAGAUUGGGUGAAAUUAGUUCUGAGGUUAUAAUAUGGAUUUUUUUAAGAUUAUAAAAUAAAGUUAUUUUUAAAUAAA